CCUGAUGCAGCCGUGGGCUCCGUCAGUCUGACGCUAAUCCGUGACGUAGGCGCGUCGUCCAUCGCUGGCGGAGCCCAUUGAAAACACCCAGAGACCGAGCGAGCCUUCACGACGCAUGGAAAUAUGUAGUUAAUUCGCCAGUUCGUUACAUUUCGACAGCAGGAGGGUUUGGUGGAUUUGGAAAUAAGGUGUAAGAAAAGUUAACAUGGGUGGCCAUGAUGAUGAAGACGUGGCAUACGUUGUGAAUAAACAAAAGCAAGAUGAGGAGCUGAAGAACAAGCUGAAUGAUGGCAGCCACUGGUGCGACCAGGAGACCAUCGGCAGUAAUGCCAAGUGGGUCAAAGAAGGCCAGAACCAGCUGCGUAAAGUAGCAGAGAACCAACAAGAUCAGGACCAUAACUGUAAUAUCAACCAGAAUGGUAACAAGGAAGACUUUCCUCACCAGAACAUCACUCAGGAAGAACAACAGGGAAACGAGGAGCAGACCAAGUCUCCAAAAAUAGUGUUGAAACCUGGUCUCAGUCAGGAGGAGUCCAAGAACAUCCUUAAUGAGCCUUUACUCAUUGACACUGUGGAGUCAACAGAGGAGAAAGAUAAGGAGAGAGAAGAGGAUGAUAAAGAGAAAGAUGAUAAACCUGAGGAGGAUGAAGAGACCUCAGGCGACAUUGGUAGAGAAACAACAACAGCAGAUGGGAGUAAUGGUGAGGCUCCAAGAGAUGGGAGUGUUGUGGGGAGAAACCCUUGCCUUCUCUUCUCCAAUAUGAAUGGGACACCAAGUGAUGAAGAGGCCAGCUGGCCUGCACUGUCUCAUGACAACGCAUCUGACAGCUCUCCAAAUGGCAACAAAGAGUCAUUUUGGGACUCCAGUGCUUUUGAGACGGACACGGACCUGCCUUCAGGAUGGAUGAGGGUGCGAGAUACAUCAGGCACAUAUUACUGGCAUAUUCCCACAGGCACCACCCAGUGGGAGCCCCCUUCUCCACUGGGUAAAGUUGGUGACUCCAUGAUGUCUUCCACCAUGUCCCUGGAGACUACACCCUGUGAAGAACCUGAUGAAACUUGGGCUCAACUUUGCAGCACAGAUGAAGGUGUUGAAGAAGGGGAGCUGUGGAAGGAGGAGGGAGAAGUUGCAUCUGAUCAAAGUCUGAAGGAGUUUGAAGGAGCCACUCUACGCUAUGCGUCCAUCAACUUGAAUUACAACUGCUCCCAGUCUGAGGAAGAAGAGAAGCUCGCUCCACUGUGCACAGACUUGGAGUCGAAGUGUUUUGCAGUGCGCUCCCUGGGCUGGGUGGAGAUGUCUGAGGAAGACUUGGCUCCUGGCAAGAGCAGUGUCGCAGUCAACAACUGCAUCAGGCAGCUGUCUUAUCACAAACACAACCUUCACGACACUGCUGGCAUCUGGGGAGAGGGUAAAGACAUGUUGAUGGUCCUGGAGAAUGACACGAUGAACUUGAUCGACCCCCUGGGUCAGAAUCUACUUCAUUCGCAGCCGAUCGGCAGCAUUCGUGUUUGGGGUGUUGGCAGAGACAAUGGAAGGGAAAGGGAUUUUGCUUACGUGGCUCGAGACAACUUGACCCAAGUUUUGAAGUGUCACGUUUUCCGCUGCGAUUCACCUGCCAAGAAUAUUGCCACCAGCCUGCAUGAGAUGUGUUCAAAGAUUAUGAUGGAGAGAAAGGCAACUAAGCCGGGGAUGUACAGGCUCAACUCUGACUCAAAUAAAUCUUUGGGCAUCCCUGUUGAAGAGUUUCCUGCUCCAAAAAAUGAGCUUUUCCAGCGCUUCCAUGUUUAUUAUCUUGGAUCUGUACCUGUAACUAGACCAGUUGGGAUGGAUAUGGUUAAUGAAGCAUUAGAGGUAGCAAUGGAUGGCAAAGACACAAACGACUGGACUCCUGUCUCUGUGAAUGUUGCACCAGCCACUCUCACCAUCCUUUCAAAACAGGAUGAUGAGGUGCUGUCAGAAUGUAGAGUGCGUUUCCUGUCUUUCAUGGGCGUGGGCAAAGAUGUCCACACCUUUGCUUUUAUCAUGGCAGAAGGUCCCCGAGAUUUCACCUGCCACAUGUUCUGGUGUGAACCCAACGCUGCCAGUCUGAGUGAGGCUGUGCAGGCUGCGUGCAUGCUUCGCUACCAGAAAUGUUUGGAUGCUCGUCCACCCAGCCUCGCCUCCUGUCUGCCCACCCCUCCCACUGACUCUGUGGCUCGACGGGUCAAGAAGGGGGUGCAGAGUCUGCUGGGCAGCUUUAAGAGCUACAGGUCAGGUUCUCAGUCCCCCUGAGUCUGAGCAAAGAAGGUCUACACUUCAUUAAACACAAGGUCCACCACAUCAGCCCCUUCUCACUCUCACAUAUACGUGUACACGACUUUGUCAUAGUUUCACCUUCAAACUUUCUUGUCUAGUCAGGUGUGUAGAGUAGUUUUUGGGUGAACUGUGUUUAAAAGAUUUUUAUUUUUUUUGUCUUUAUACAAAUAUUUUAAACUCGUGUAACUCCCCUCAUCAAAUGUUUUCUUUACUGAAUUCUUUAAUAAGUGUGUGUUUUAACAGAAUCAAAGCUAUGAAUGUUUAAUUAUGGAUGUACUACAUUUUACUUGUCGACAUGAGAAUUUGCCUGAGCAACAGGUUGACAGAGUCCCUCGUAGAAAUGCUCGCUCAUCAUCUUGUCCUCCACAGUGCAUUCGUCAUCUCUAACACUCCUCCUUUUUUACUGUCUAAAGAUUUUACCCAUGAUGCAACCCGUCAGCAGUUGGUGUCAUUAAGCCUCAUGCUCAUUUCGCAAACACUACGACUCUUUUUACAAUUACUGUAGGUGCUACAGUCAUGUGCAAUCUCUUUAUGUCUCCCCCACACAAUGUAAAUUAGUCUUCCAAAAGUUUGUAUCACCCUGUGAGCAGCCACUGAUUUGAUUGAACCGUGUUCUCAUUCAUUCUGCAUGAACAUUUGAAAUUUUAGUGCUUGUGUGCAAUAAUCAAAUGUUUCAUUAUGAUGUGGCGAUUUAAAUGGGAACCACAUUAUUUCACUUUAGUGAGCGAGUCUUAAUAGACUGGAUGUGAGGCUUAUGGAACAACAGAGCCAUGCUGAACAUUGUUACCUUAUGAGGAUGAUAAUAAUAAAAAAAAAAUACAAACUCUGAGGUUUAUCACAACUGUUUACCACCACCAACAACUGAAUAGUACUGUAGAAACACUACAAGCUGCAUGUUUGGAUAGUUUAGAGUUGCUGCUGCUCGCAGCACAGUAGUGCUAAAGAGCCAUCAAUGUAUCCUUAAAAAAAAAAUCUGUGUUUCUGUAUGGAAAAAUGAGAUUGGAGUUGAUGUGUUUUGUGUUACAAAGGCAUGUCACUCUAAAUAGUGUCAGUGUUUAUCAUUAGCUAGCAGUAGAAAGUUCGACUCGUCUCUUCUUUAAGAGUAAGAUGAGAUCACGUCCUUGCUUGUAUUCACAGUUUGUGUGUAAAUGAGAAACACAAAUUUGAUUAUUAUUUUUUUUCAGUGGUUUAUAUUUUCUCUUGUCCCCUUUUUGGAUGUGUGUGUGGCCCCGGCCUCUCUGGUUAAUGUAUUUUUUAUUGUUUCCACACCACAAAGUUCACGGUGAAUACGAUUUAUGCAUAACGAGUUAGAUUUAGAUUUUGUAAAGAUAACACUACUAGCCAGCUAGUUUAUCUUUGUGUCUGUUGUCAGUGAUAUAUACUGUAUGUAGCACAAUAAGUCAUUUUUAAUAUUGAAAGAGGCAGUUUGUAAAGCAUUUGGGUCAUUUUGUUUUAUUUAGCUACAAGUUCUUGGUUACAAGUUUAUCAACACUCUCAGACUAACAAACUGAUAAAUUCUCUUUACACCCAAUGCAUUUAAUUAUUAUUAUUAAUUAGGUGAUAAGUAAUGAUGUAAAAGGCACUCGCAUUUAAAACCAUGUAUCGGUAAUGCUUAUUUUAAAUAAUGCAAUUUUAUAGAGCAUAUUUUUAAACACAAUCCAACAAAUGUAUUUAAAUAAUAUUUUAUCAGCUGUUUGCUUUGUGUUGCUUACAGAAUUAGGUUUAUUAAUGUGGAUAACACAAUCAAAACAAAGACCGUGCCAUAAGGAUUUUCAUUAUUGUAAAACGUACAGCCACCAAAUGUUUAAGGCAAAGUAGAAAUCUAAAAACACAUUUGUGCUCAGAGACGUGCAUACGACUGCUUAAAUCUAAGAAUACUUUUCUUUUCCUGUAAGUUCUGGAAAAACAAAAAUGUUCCACAGUGUUAAGUCAUGGCUCCAAAUCUCUUCCAAACUGCCUCUGUGUGUGUAAGAUAUAACACUAAAGAGAAUUCGACUGCAUCGACUCAUAUUACUGCCUCGUUACUGACGUGUCACUGGGAAUUGUUGUGCUUUUUUUUCUUCUACAAAGAUGGCUGUGUCCAAUCAGUGGCAACACUGAGGCCAGAUGAUUUAAAGAACAUUAGCAGAUUAAUUUAUUACUGGUCAUGUAAAUUAGGUGUAAAAAAAAUGAUGUAUGUAUAUAAAAGUCACUGCACAAUAAAUGU